AUGAAAAGUCUCCUCUGGAGCCACUCGGGUUCUUGGGAGAGCUCAGGGGUUGAGGUCUUUGGCCGUGGAACCAGAGCUCUGGAUUCUGAGUCCUUUGGGCCCGACGACGGCCUGGAGGAAGAUGAGGAAGAGGUGGAGACGAGCUUAGAUGAUCCAGAAAACGAGGCUGCGGGGAAAUUCGUCCCUGGGCCACGGGGCUGUUGCAUCCUGACGCGGCGCGGGAUCACUCUGCGCGUGCUCCUCAAGGAUGGGCUGAUCGAACCCGGAGAAGGCGUCCUGUCUAUUUACUACCUGGGAAAGAAGUUUAUAGGGGACCUGCUGAUGGACGGCAAGAUCGUCUGGCAGGAGACCGGCCAGAUCUUCAACUCGCCCAGCGCCUGGGCCACCUACUGCAAGAAGCUGGUCAACCCAGCGAAAAAGUCAGGCUGCGGAUGGGCGUCCGUCAAGUACAAAGGCCAGAAGCUGGACCAGUACAAGGCCGUCUGGCUGAAGAAGUACCAGCCCAACGCUCCCCCUGCGGAGGAGAACUUGGUGAGCGAAGGAGAAGAAGACGAAUUAGUGGAGGACGAGGAGGACGACCCAAAAGGGGUUAAGCCGGCGCUCCCGGACUCCAUGCUGGUGAAGAAACUGGAAGAAAAGACCCGGAAACAACAAGGCAGAAGCUUCACAGACCCCCACAGCGCCGAUAACAGCAAGAGACUGGACUGCCGGAACAGAGUCCCGGUUCGUUACUGUAAUUUGGGAAGCCGAGAUUCUGCAAGGAACCCGCACACCUUAGUGGAAGUGAUGUCUUUCGCCGCCCUGAACAAAUUCCAACCCUUCAAUGUCGCCAUUUCUAGCAACGUGCUUCUGCUCCUGGAUUUCCACAGCCACUUAACGAAAAGCGAAGUGGUGGGUUAUCUCGGUGGCCGAUGGGACGUCAGUACCCAACUGCUGACAGUGCUGAGGGCUUUUCCUUGUCGGUCGCGUCUCGGAGAUGGGGAGACGGCAGCCGCAGUGGAAGAAGAGGCGCACAGAAGGAGUAACAUUCUUGAUUAUGCCAAGCACCACAGAACAAUACAUAAAUUAUGCCACAAGAUCUGCCAGAACCUCUUCCUGCGUGGGCUUUCCCUGGUGGGCUGGUACCACAGCCACCCGUUCGGCUACGCCCUCCCCUCCCUUCAGGACAUCGAUGCGCAGAUGGAUUACCAGCUGAAACUCCAAGGCUCCAGCAACAACUUCCAGCCAUGCUUGGCUCUGAUCUGCGGUCCGUAUUUUCAUGGCAACCAAGGUGUGGAAUCAAAGAUCUCGCCCUUCUGGGUCAUGCCCCCGCCGGAGCAAAGACCGUAUGAUUACGGCAUCCCCAUGGAAGUGGAAGUCACCUACAUUCAAGACGGAUUCUUCACCAACGAUAUUCUCCAUGAAAUGAUGCUGCUGGUGGAGUUUUACAAAGGCGCCCCCGAUCUCGUCAAGUUUCAAGACACGUGGAAUCAGGAUCAGACCUAUUUGGAUAAGCUCAAGGGCUCUUUAGCGUCCCGGAUGCCAAAAGAUCAAGGCUUUGGACACGUCCUGGAUCAGGUGUACAGCGUCCUCAAACACCACAGCUGAAGGAAGGGAUGUGGACCUGUGGGUGUCUCUCCACAUGAAGCCGGGGGGACCCUGCCGGAUCAGGAUGGUGGAGAAUUGGGUGUCCUUGAAGGGGCUGUUGUUUUGAUUCUUAAAAGGACAAAAGGCGCACUAGUCUAGAUUUUGGGAGUAGUUCAGGAGUGAGCUGCCUGGUCGGCCGCUUCCCCCAAAAUAGAGGACCGGACGGAAGUGGGCGCAAUGCAGCUGAUGCUCGAUUCCCCACCAGUGGCUUUCCGAUGGAAGUGGAAAGGUGGAUCUGAGUUGCUUUGGGCUUUCCUGCCGUUCUGGGAUGGGAUUUGUUCAAAAAAAGGUGCCGAUUUCUCCGAUGUCUGGAGGAGUGCAGUGGGUCUCUGUCUGGAACCACGAGAACUCGUGGCGGCGUCCAGACCCGAACUCAGCCCAAGGAGAGCGGUCUGGGCCAACAGAUCCUACCGGGGCAGCUUUGUUUCAGGUGAUAUAAAAUGGGACGCUUCCAGGAUGAGAGGAGUGAGAGAUGGGGAGAGAGAACAAGCCAAAGCCGCACAGAACGGGGUGGGAAGAUUCUCCGUGGGGCGGUCUUUUAAAACCUCGGAUUUGGGGCCGAAGGCCCGGCUUUGGCAAAGCAGAAAGGGAAAGAUUGGGGCUCAAUUAUGCCUAAAAACGGGGUGAGAGGGACAGCAGGUGUGCCCAGUUAAGGACACAGAACGGAAACAUGACUACCACCCAUUGUGGAGGAAAAAAACCUUGGUUUUUAAAACUUUGUGCUUCUUUGUUCAAAGAAAGGGCUUUUAGGGAUUCAGUCGGUUGCCCGCGAGGGUCUCCCGUGCUCUCCGAAAUGGCAACCUGGGAAAGCUGAU